AAGCGCGUGGCUGCACGUGGCCGCACCGGGCGCCCUCGGCGGAGCUGCGUGGCCAUGGACGUGGGCGCCGACGAGUUCGAGCAGAGCCUCCCUCUGCUGCAGGAGCUCGUCCUGGGCGCGGACUUCGUGGGUCUGGACAUAGAGUUCACGGGCCUUCGUUCUAACCAGUCCCGGCCCCAGCAGAUCAGCCUGUUCGACCUGCCCUCGGAGUGGUAUCUAAAGACCCGUCAGAGUGUUCAGCAAUUCACAAUCUGUCAGAUUGGAUUGUCUGUGUUUUCCAGUAUUGAAGGAGAGUCAAACAAGUAUGUAGCCCAUUCGUGUAACUUCUUUCUCUUCCCCACGACGUUUGGGGUUUUGGAUUCGGAGUUCUCUUUCCAGGCUUCCAGUGUCCAGUUUCUGAAUCAGUAUGGCUUCGACUACAACAAGUUUCUCAAAAACGGGAUCCCAUAUAUGAAUGAAGAACAGGAGAAGAAAAUCAAACACAACAUCCUGACUGGGAACUGGAAAGUUCGCAGUUCUCUGGAUAAAGACCAGAUCAAGGUGGUGAUUGAUGAGGUGACACGGUGGCUGGACCUGGCGGAGGAGGGCGACUGGAUGACUCUCCCUGGUAUUGCUGGCUUCCAGGCCUUUGAGAUCCAGCUGGUGCUGAGGCAGGCCCUCCCCAACAUCUGGACGGUCCUGAGAGACCAGGGGAUAAUAGUGAAAAAAGUGAGCAAACAGCAUCGCUGGUACCUUGAGAACACCUCCUGCGAUCGAGAGAGCUGUUGGAAGGAGAAGAUUCUUCUCUCUGCGAGGGGUUUUUCUGUGUUUUUCCAGAUGCUGGUGAAAGCCCAGAAGCAGCCCUUGGUGGGCCACAACAUGAUGACAGACCUACUGCAUCUGCACGAGAAGUUCUUCCGGCCGCUUCCAGAAAGCUAUGAUCAAUUUAAGCUGAAUAUCCAUAACCUAUUUCCUGUUCUCAUUGACACCAAGAAUGUGACAAAGGACAUCUGGAAGGAACUGAAUUUCCCAAGGGUUUCGAAUCUCUCAGAAGUUUAUGAAGUCCUAAACAGUGACUUGAAUCCUACCAAAAAUUCCGGGCCAGUGAUUAUUCACGCAAGCAAGUGCGAAAAAUACGCUGAGACCAAGUACCCCCACGAGGCUGCGUAUGAUGCUUUCCUCUGUGGCUCAGUUCUUCUGAAAGUGGCACAUUUGCUCCUGUGGAGAGUACAUGGAGCUGGCUCCCUGCCUGAGCUGUCCUUCCCUCUGUACCUCGAUGUGCUGGCUCCCUAUGUGAACCAGGUGAAUCUUAUCCGAGCCGGGGUCCCUAAGAUCAACUUUUCUGGUCCAGAUUACCCCAGUAUCCGACCUCCCAUCCUCCUCCUCAGCGUCCGGAGGUGGCCUGGGGUCAGCGAGCAGCAAGUGUACCGUGAGUUUCAGAAUCUCUGCAAGUUCGAUGUCCGGCGACUGUCGCGGAGCCAGUUCCUGCUCUUGACCAACAAGUUCAAGGACGCUCGGAGCAUCCUGAGGGAGUACCGGGGCCACCCCACCCUGCAGAUCUCCCUCUAUCGGUACUGGAGACACUCCCCCGACAUCAACUGCUUGUUGCAGGUCUGUGGCGUGGUGGCCACCUGGGCCCUCCUUGCUCUCGUCCUCGGGAGACCUGACCCCUGAGCGUGGCCUGCAGCCUCUGUCCCAUCUCCGUACCUCUCCGGGAUAGCCGUCCGCAUGUCCGCAUGGGGCUCCUGUGGCUUUUGUGUAAAUCGUACCUUUCUCUGCAGACCGAUGUGUGUGGUCCUUAUGAGGAACUUUGUUUCAAAUGUGAAAUUGUGUAACUAUUAUCAACGAUAAAGAAAUCCUUAGAAGUGGAA